AUGCCUGGCAGGGAGGGCUCUGACGGGCCUACCGUCUCACUCUCAUUCGCAAACAACUUCUGGGGCAAAGAUGACGCUGGCGUCGGUCCUCUCCUCGAGCGCAUGCACAAUGCCAAAACCACCAGCGACGAGCUCAAGGCCUUCUACUCCGCCCGCGCCGACAUCGAGGCCGACUAUGCGAAGAGGCUGCUCAACCUUGCGCGGAAGCCACUGGGAUCCUCGGAAGCCGGCACCCUGCGCAUGUCACUGGAUGUCGUGCGAGGCGAAGUCGAAUCAAUGGGCAAGGCGCAUUCACAGAUCGCCGCCCAGAUGAAGAGUGAGCUGGAGGAGCCGCUGAUUGCCUUCACUGGCGGUAUCAAAGAGCGGAGGAAGAUUGUGCAGAACGGUGUCGAGAAGCUGCUCAAGACGAAGAACCAGCAGACGGCAGUCGUCAACAAGACUCGCGAUCGUUUCGAGCAGGACUGCCUCAAGAUCAAAGGAUAUCUCGCACAAGGCCACAUGGUCAUGGGUCAAGAAGAGCGCAAGAACAAGUCGAAGCUGGAGAAGACGCAGAUUCAGAUGUCGAGCGAUAGCACCGAGUACGAGGCUGCCGUGAAGCUGCUGGAGGAAACGACCGGCAGAUGGAACAGAGAAUGGAAGGCGGCAUGCGACAAGUUCCAGGAUCUCGAGGAAGAACGACUCGACUACUUCAAGAGCAGUCUGUGGAGCUUUGCGAACAUCGCAUCCACAGUCUGCGUCAGCGACGAUCAAUCCUGUGAGAAGAUGCGACUUUCACUCGAAGACUGCGAGGUCGAGAAGGACAUCAGCACUUUCAUCCAAGACCAGGGCACUGGACAAGAGAUUCCAGACCCUCCGAAGUACAUCAACUUCUGCCGUGGAGAUCUGGACGACAUUAUCUCGAAUCACGAAUCUGAUAAUGGUGACUACUCUGUCGCACAGUUCCAGCGCACCAUCAAUCCAACCUUCCGAAGCUCCUCACCCCAGCCAAGCACGUUCGAGUCGCACAAUGAUCCGGACUCAAAUCUACGAGAAGAGAUGGGCAUUCCCAAGAACAGGACGACUUCUCUGCAGGCUGACGAUUCAUUCAUGGCUCAAGCGCGAAGCUCACAUGGUAGUCACGCCAGCGCAGCGCCUCCACCUCUUGCACCAAGCCAAGCAUCUGUCCAAUCGAACCCUUACGCAGUUCCAUACGCAGAUGCUCCAACGAUCCCACACAAUCCAUACCCUACCGAUGGGAUGACACAGUUUUGCAGACCUGCUGCGCCUUCGGAGAGGAGUUCCAACCCAUCGCCUAUGCGGCCAGCUAGUAGCGGGAGCAUAGAGCACAGCGACUACUCGGCACCAACAUCAUUCACCAGUGCUGAUCCCAUGAGCGGAUCUGCAUCGCCCACGAAGGGAUACAUGGGCUCCGAUCUCUCCGGUAUCUCCAGCAUGUCAGGUGCAUCUGCAAUGUCUGCAGGCCCGCCAGAAGACAAGCAGGUUCAAAAGAAGAAAAGUGGAUUUUUCAACAGUCCUUUCCGUAGACGCAGUCAGAAGAGCAAAGACAACAUCCAAUCCCAGUCUGGCGCGCCCACGCCGACAGCACGCAACACCUGGACUCCUGCAACGGCUCGCAAAGCAGAAAGCGCUGCCACCAGUCCUGUCAAACCAUUUGGAACUCACAGCCGGGCCAACACGUGGAACAAACAGCCUUCGGUCAGUCCAGAUCCAGAUGUUGACCCUCGUGCAGACUAUCAGCUGGGCAUUGGCAACAAUGUUUUUGAAGUCGAUUCGCCUGCUUCGCGCCGAAAGCCAGCCGCCAGGAACGGACCAGGCCCAGAGGAAGAUCCCAUUGCUGCUGCACUCGCAGAGCUGAAGGGUGUCGCGAAGCACGCUUCUGUUCGACAAUCUGCCGAUCGACAUUAUGGCAUGUCUACUCCGGCACCGGGUACAGGUCGUGACGUUAUGCCAGGCGCAGUGCCGUUGCCUUUCGCUAACAACGGGGCUCGUGGCACGCCACCGCCUGCAUACGAUCCUCCAGUGAGCAGACUUGGUGCACCACAACCAGCACACACCAAGCGUGAAAUGCAGAAGACGACUGAACAGUACGUGGGACAGAAACGGAACAUGUUCAACUCACAGCCUCCACGACCUGGCAGCAGCAUGGGCAGACCUCCUUCCCGAGGAGAGCCACCUCGUGCUGCGUCUCCGCAGCCACCACGAGCGACGAGUCCAAGACAUUUCCACGCUGGUGACCAGCGACAGCAGCCAAUGCGUGCAUCCUCGCGGAAUCCCUACGGCGGCGAGCCGAGACAGCAACCUUAUCGCGCAGCAUCACCCAACCCAUACGGCGGUGCACCUGCUGCAAGUAGACCUCGCGCUGAAUCUUCAAGCCCGGUCAAGCCAGCUGCAGCUUACGGCAACUAUGGCUCUCGAGGUGGUUCCCCAGGCUCCCAGGUUCCCCGUGCAACAUCACCCAAUCCAGCAUACAGCCGUCCCGCAGCUGGAGCCAACAGCCGUCCACCAAGCAGUCGCGGCUCUGAGUAUGCUACGGGUGGGGCUAUGGUCUUGGCUCCAGCUUCACCUGCUCAGGAUCCUUAUGGCUCUCAGCGUGGCGGUCGACCUCAGAGCCAGUAUCAUCCGAACGAUAACACUCAAGUCUCGUCUCGCGUCAGAAGUCAGAGUCAAGGCAUGCAAAGACAAGUCACGAAGGACGGAAGACCGAUCUUGCACUACGCUCGCGCCAUGUACAUGUACCAAGCCGCAAUCCCCGAAGAGCUCUCAUUCACGAAAGGCGACAUCCUCGCCGUCACGCGGCAUCAGGACGACGGAUGGUGGGAGGCUGAGGUGGUGGGCAAAAAUAGUCCUCUGGGUCUGGUGCCUAGCAACUACCUCAAGAGUUGCUAG